AUGUUCGACCAAAUACGUCCUAUGAUAUCACCUGCAAUUCUCUGUUUUCCCGUUUGUUUCAUCGAGGACUUAUGCUCUACCUAUGCUGCCCGCUGUGCAACAUUUGCCACAAUUUCUGCCUUUGCCAUACAGAUCAUUUUCAAUCCCCCUUAUGAAAAUUCUUUGUACAACUACCUCAGUGGCUUCCUAUCCUCAUGGUACAUCAUCUGGUCGGCUAAUGUGUUGCUCAUCCACGAUGUUCGGGCCCUGAAACGCAUUCAGAAACUUGGUCUGCCAUCGGACUCGGUGUCAUAUUGCUGGGAGUGCUUGCCACCGGCUUUUAGCUACCGGCGGGUACUUUGGGCACUGGAUUUAUCCACCAACUUCCGAGUGAUUGGAUGGAAACAUUCCAGUGUACAAGGUGGUCGCACCCCAGUCACAUGCUGUGAUGACAAUUUUCCCAUAGUGAAGCCCGAAAAGAGUGAGUUUGGUGGCCCACCGUCAUUCGUUGCGAACCAAGUACGGAGGCUUAUCACGGCGUGCAUUGCGCUGAAUCUGUCUCGAUUGUUACUGGAUAUUGACUGGAAUAUCGCUUCAAGUAAGUCUGGGCUUUCUACUUCCCAUACUGCGGUUGAGAUCCUCGGGACAGCCUUAGCAAUUUAUGGGUUCAUCGAUGGCCUGCACGCAUUGAUGGCGUUUAUCGCUGUCGGGCUCCUUGGCCCUCUAUACCUUGGAGCUGCUGGGGAAGCGUGGAUGUAUCCACCCCUGUUUGGUACAUUUAUAGGCUUGAAAAGUUUGAGAAUCAAAGCUAUUUGGGGGAGAUUGUGGCAUGAUUUAUUUAAAGGCGGAUUUCUCACCUUCGCUAAACACCUUAUCCCGCAAACACACCUGGGGCUGAAAGCAACCGGCAGUCUUCAAUUGAUCUUAUGCUUUGGUCUUUCGGCUCUUGUUCAUGCAGCGGCGUCAUACUCGGCGUCAUCGAACGUUAGAUCUACGUUGAAGGUAUUGCUCUUCUUCCUAUCGCAGCCAGUCGGUGAUAUACUGCAAGAGCUAUGGACCUCAGUUGCAUUGGGAGUAUUUGGAAGACUAUGCUCAAGAGCACGAAGUCAAAAGUUAGUGACGGUUACUGAGUUUUUCAUCGGAGUGGUGUGGAUUUACAUUACAUUUCCGUGGGGCUGCCAGGAUGUGGCAAUGAGAGAAGCAGUUCGAGGUGUUCCAUUGUUGUAUUCAAAGGCGGGAGCGCAGGAAGCGUAUCAUUAUGUGAUUGCGACAUUGCAACUUAGCGGUUAG